AUGAUCACUGGUAACAGUAACAAUGGGGUACAAGAUGCCACACAAAACAAUCAUAAUGAUUGUGGUGACAACGAUCCAGAUAAAGAGGUGGAUCAAAAUGAUGACAUGAUAAAGAAAUUUAAAGACCUAGCAAGUGGAGACUCUAAUGAACUUGCAAAUCAAGAUCCAGAUAAAGAUUCAAAGAAAGACUGCAAAGAAGAUAAUAGCUCUGCAAAGACUGAGCUGGAACAAAAACAAGGCUCUAAGCAAACAGUCGAAGCAACUAUUGAAUAUAAAAAUCCACAUUACCAAGAUACCAGCUCAAGUGUUACAACAGUUGAGGGUUCUAAGACUACAGAAGACAAUGCUUCUGAUCAAAGCAGCUCCCAUAUUGCUCUAAGACCUGUAAUGUGUCCAGUAACAACAUGUUCGAAAAUGGUGACAAUCGACUCCUUCAUGUUACAUUUUCAUUUCGAUCAUUCCAAAGUUCCAAGAAAAACUUUGGAUGAUACCACACCUCAAGAAAUUUCGCUGAAAGCUUCAAACUUCUCCAACGAAGUACAAUGCGUGGCUACAUUUAUAAUGGAAACUCAAAGAAGAUCAAACAAGUUAAGGAAGGCAGAUUCAAUACCAACUGUUCGUAAUUCUAUGCGGGACAACAAACUGUUGCUGCUGAUGGCUGUGAAGUUGCCAACAAAUCCUAUAAAUCUACCAAACAUCAAAUAUGACUCAACACACGUUUUUACUCGCAGUAUUCAGACACAAACAGAGAAAAUUUUCGAUAACGAUUCUGAGACGAUUGUAGAACUUCGCAGUAAAAACAGUUUUGACCAUAAAACUUGCACAACUAAAGUAGAGUUUAUCGAUAAUGAAGUUUUUUUACUGUGGCUCUGUAAAUUGGAUGAUACAGAAAAAGUAUUCAGUAUAACACUAUUAGGUGAAGAUAGACGACGAGGCUACUGUUAUCUUGGUGACGCUGGUCAUGUAAGAGAAAACCAAGAUCCAUACAUACUAUACGAAAGAUCUGAGUGCCUCAUGGUUAAGGGAUCUACAGUUAAUGACCUCUACGAUCUCAACGGUCAUGUUACUGUUAUAGUUAGUAUGAUAGGAUAA